GGAAAGUGCAGCGCGCCGUGUGGGCGGCGGGAGUUAUUUGCUAGGGUGCUUGCAAACCGGGAAACCUAGAGGAGCGAAGCGCAGGGCCGCGCCGCGCGACAGGCGGGAGCUCCCCCAGGGCUGCCGGGGCCGAGGUGGCUGAGAGGGGCCGCGGGUGGUGGCUGUGACGGGGGGCCCCGCACAGCCUGGCGCCCGGCUCCGGCUCCGACCCGGCCGGCGCGCCGCCCCUCCCACCUGUCGCCGCCUCGGCUGCUCCGCGGGAGCCGGCAGAGAGGGGCUGCGCGUGUCGCCCUGAGCCGGGCGAGGAGCCCUGGGCCCGGUGUGCCCAGCCACCGGGAGCCCCUCUCACAACUUGGCGGGUGGCGGGACACCCCACCGAGCCCCGGUGCCUGGCGCUCCACCCAGCCCCUCGAAGUCUGCCGGCCUUGCCCCAGACUGACCAUACGCGCUCCCUGGCCACCCUGCGCUCAGGGUUCAGGCCCAGCCGACCACAGGGCAGUGUCCACGCACCGACUCAGGAUCACCGUGAGCUCGCCCCUGGCUGGAGGAAUCUUGAUGCGUGUCAGGUGUGCUCAGGCUGAUGCCGCCCACACAGAAAAAGAAGAGCAAGGGGCCUCUGUCUCCCGCGCCCACCGGCCGUGCUCAGGGCCGGUUGCCCGGCCUGCCAUCACCUGCGCUGUGCUGCGCCUGCGGUCUGUGCGUGCUGCUGGCGGGUGUGAACGUGACACUGGUGGGUGCCUUCGCCUCCUUCCUGCCAGGGUACAAUGUGCCACUGAUCCUAGGGCCGGCGCUGCUGGUGCUGGCGCUCAGUUUCUUCGCAGUCUGCUGCGUGUGUAGCCGCCGGGGCCCAACGCUCCGCGCGCGCUCGUUGCAAACCGCGGGCCGGAGCCAGAAUGGCGGGCGUGCAGGGCCAGUGGCGCUGGAGAUGGAAAGCAGCGAGCGCACGGCGCAGGACACUACGGCGGUCCAGCUCAGCCCCGCCGCAUCGGCAGCGUCCUCUGGCCGCUCCAGCCCGGGCCCUGGCCCCGGCCUUUUCAGCCUGGACGCGCCGGCACCCCCAGCAGUCUAUGUGCCGCGCCCAGAAGGGGCUCAGCUCAACCUGCCCCGAGAGUUGUCCACUUCCUAGCGGACUAAGGCCCCUGUCGACUCCCCUGUCUGGGUUCCCUCCGUCCUGUGUCAUUUAAGCAAAAACGAGGGGGUGGGUGGGCAUGGAGACUUUUUUCCCCAUAAGGGACAGGUCUUGGGAACAGGUGAUCUCAUCUGUCUCAUGUCAGAACUUCUGGAGGGAAGAAUGUGGUGAUGGUGUCAGGGCUCACAUCCUAAAGAACCUUGGUCCUUUAGGGUUUCUGCGCUCUACUUUACCUCACCCCCGAGACGUGAUGAAGGUGGGCUUAUGGACCUUGGAACCUGACCCCACCCACAGUAUUUGGGCACUGUGGAGAAAGAAAGUAUCCACUUCAAGGGGGGCUGGCUACCAGCAAGGCCCUUGCCCCCCAAGGGGGGAGAAGGGAGGAAUUCAGCCUGGACUUGUUCCAUCCCUUCAAACUGUGAAAGUCCUCUAGGCCCCCUUCUGCCCCUCCCCUACAUCCUUGUCUCUACACCAACAUGAUCUUUGGGAUUCAUUUGGGAGGAUUCUGACUUCAGCCAUGAGUGGGUAGGGCCGAGUGAAGCCUACCCUUCCGUCUGACUCUCACAGUGUGAGCCGAGACAAGAGCCCUGUCUAGGAUGGGUGCCGAGGGGGAUUCUCCACCCCUGAAGGUCCCAGUGUGGUCUUCACUGCCAACAGUGCUGCCACCUUGUGCCACACCUUAUGUUCCCACUCCUCAAUAAAGCA